GUUCCUCUUAUUAUCUCGUGAUUUUAACAUCCUGAAAAGGGAUGGGUCCGUGUCUGCUUAAUCCUACAAAUUGUCAAUGUUGGUAAAUGCCUGUGACUUAGGCCACUUUGGAGAACAUCCCUCAUUUUCAGGUAACAACUGCAUCAUGUAAAGAAUCCCAGUCCUGCUUUGCAAGAGUGCAGGUGUGACGUGCAAACCCACCAAGAGCUUGUGUUUGCAUUGGCCUACAAUUUUCCAGGGUGCAGGUUUCUUCUCGGUCGUCUUCCGCCUUCUACUGUUUUACGAACCUUGUGCAGAUGUUGUCAGUGAGGUGAGACACAGUGAAGACGAAGAAACACUUUGGCCUUAACAGCGAAAAAGAUUCUGGAUACCUUUAAAAUAAAGGUAAGAUCUCACAGUAUUCUGAUAACAAAUUUUAUUUUUUGAUUUGAUUUGAUAUUACUGGAUUUAACACCCUGGUACUGUAAAAGGCUCUCUUUGUUUCAUAGUGCAGUCCAUAUCUCUUCCUUUUUUCAGUAAGAACAAUUAUUAGCAAGUUUUAAAUCCAUUUCUAAAAAGUCUAUUGUUAUGUGUUUGAGUUACUUGAAUUACUGAUUGCUUUGGAGCCUCAAUUAUUUUUUGAGGCCUACUUGAAAUGUUGAAGCCUUAACGGAUGAGUGUGUCAAUCUCUGUCUUAUUGAAAGUUAAUGUGAUGUGAUUUCAUUACUUAUUGCACAGUGUUGUAAAUGAAUUGUAAAUGUAAGAAAUUGAUAUGUUAAGUCAGAAAUGUACUUUGUAAAUCUGGUAAAAUUUUGAAGCUCUCAAAAUCAUGAAAUGAUUGACGUUACGAGAGAAAUUAGCUAUUUUAAGCCAUUGUUAUGCAGUAGGAAUCCCCUUUUGUAAAAGGUAGAAUAAGCUAAAUCUUGUGCUAUAAUCUUACAGUGACAUUUGCUUCACUUUUUGAAGCAACUUAAGAAUUUUUUAAUUUGAGAGCUAUAAACAGGAAGGAAGUAGAGAUGUAACUUAGUGGUGAGGGAUCACAUGUUUUUUCUUCAACAGAAGCUGUGUGGUAUGUGGUAUCUCCAAGAGAGAAGUGUACGCUUUCGCAUCUUGAGCUACUGCAUUCAAUCACUUUCGUGUGUGUGUGUUUGUCUUAAACUUGGACAAAAUUAAACUUGUUUUUUAUAUUUCUUAUUUCAGGUUCAAACUUCAAAAUGAGGACUGUCCUGUGGUUAAGUUUUGGUGGGUAAAUAUUCUUCAGUAAAUUCCUGGAAAGUAUCUGUAAACGUUGUCUCACACUACGAUUUACUCAUCAAAGUGGCCACUUUUUUUUCGCACAACAAAAAUACUAAGAAUCAAGUUUGAACUUAUGUGUGUCAUCGAUAGGGACAGUUCAUUGAAAGGAAUAUUUUCCCCAUAUAUGGUCUAAAUAAUUUACUCGGGGUAUUUAUCCACCCAUUUGAUCAUCAGUCAUGAAGAGAACUAAAGCUAAAGAUUUCUGCGGUUUGAAAUGAGAACCUACUUUAUUGUCAUUGGUGAUCAUGUAUUCCUAGACCAGCUUUAAUCAAUCAAUCAAGAACUUUAUUUGUACCCAGUAGGGGGCAAUUCAGUGUGCAAAAUAUGGGGAGCAUAAGAAACCUAAGAAUACAUAAAAACAUGCAACUGCACAAUUUGACACAUUAAAUCAUGAGGUACGGUAAAACAAGAGACAAAUACACUGAAAUUGAUCAACUAAUCACACUGAUUGUAUGCAGACUCCUAAAGACAUUUUACUGUAAACAAAGAAGUAACACUAAAUGAGCAUGUAUUAAUUUAGGGUUCCUGAGCUGGAGAGAAAUUUCUUUUUCCUUCACUGUUACCGUUUGUAAUGAAACCACAGUGUUUUAAUCCGAGUGAUUUAGGUGAUACUAGUAAGAUCAUUUUUUCAGGGGUUGCCAAAUCAUUCAAGUAUGAGAUUAUACAAAUCUAUUGAGAAUAUUUUACAUUAAUUUACUGUUUUUAUGGUUCUUGCAAGUUUUUAAAUUGUUUAAGUUACAAAUGAUGUUGAUCUUGUGUCUGGUUUGACUGCUGUGUAUACUAAAUCCAAGAUUCAGAUAAAAGUUCAGACAUUUAUGUUUCUAAACUCUUUAAUCCACCAGGGAAUUAAACUGUGGCUGUGUUUUCCUCAUCCCAAAUGCAUAACAGAAGAUCUCUAAACCCAACCUGAUGAAUCGCCCCUUUGCUUCAUUUACACCUUAUGAGUUUCAAAUGCAAACUAAUGAGAACAUAUUGUGCAUCAUCAGUUUGUCCUUAUCUCACCUCUUGGAGUUUAUGGUGUAAAUGCAUCUUAAUAAAUGUGAUCCUCUGUCUUUUCAGUGCUGAGUGCCCUCUCUGCUGCAGGGGAAGUGGUCUUGACUAAACCAGGACAGAACGCAAGAUUAAACUGUGGAAUCAACAAGAACAGUUUCGACAGAGUGACAUGGUAUUAUGGACAUACUGCGAUUAUCAGAUUUUUUGGGCGGAGUGGCGCAGUAAUCAAAGGUAAAGAGGAGAGUAAGACUGCAUUGCCUUAAAAAUGUCUCUUUUGUAGAGAACCCUAACCCCAACCCUAUGUUGUAUUUUCUUCAUUAGACAAGGGAAACAUUGGGCCACGGACAACUCUGAGAGGAGAAAACCUUGAGAUCUCCAGAGUGAAGGAAGGAGAUGCUGGGGCGUAUGUUUGUGAGGUGGAUGGGAAACGGAUAACACAUACACUUCUUGUUGUCUCAGGUAGGCAUAAAAGCCAAAAAAAGAGUAUUUUCAUGUAUUAUCAGGACUGUAUCGGACACAAUCAGAUUAUGGAGGACUUUGAUUAGUAGAAAGGUGAAGUGCAUGUAAAAUGCUCACCUCUUUUAAAGUUACUCAUUGUACUGAGUUGACCUGAAGUGCCCUCAGUUUUAAAUGAUUAGUGACAAGAUUACUGAAAAGGUCUAAAAGGAACGAGGAGCAACAGGAGCAGUUAUAUACGAACAUUUGCAAUGGUCAAAAAGUGUUAUGUAACAAUGAUUUUUGAUGAUUUAAAAUUGCUGUUAUGGACCUUGUAUAUUAAAAGAAAUUUUUGUUUUUUUUAGCUUGAAACAUAUUAAAAUCUUGAACAAAAACAAUCAAAAGACACUUCACCGACCACUCUACCCUCACUCCAAAAACACUUAUUCUGUAUUUUCCAUAUUUCUAAUUAACAUCUAAGAGUGUUGGGCCUUCUUUUUACAAUUAUUUAUCUCAUAACAAGUUUGUGCUGAUUUAUACCUCUCAAGAAAAUAACAGCCCAUGUUGAAAAUAAAGAGCAGCACUUGAAUUCCAUGAACUGAUGUGGUGCCCCCUCUCGUCUCUGUGUCAGUCUCUGCCAACCCCUCUGCUGAUCUCAAGCUGGGUGAUCAGGCUACACUCCAGUGUAGGGUAGGAGGUCUGAACCCCGGCACUACAGUGCAGUGGCAGCGGCCAGAUGGCAGCAAAACAGGGUCGGCUGAAGUUCCACUCAAACCUGUUGCCCUCUCAGAUGGAGGGAGAUGGGAGUGUGUGUUCACCUAUGACUCAGUGACCUACAAAGAGAACUUAAGCAUCACGGUUAAAGGUAGGAAACCUCCAUUCCAGUUUUUUUUUUUGUGUUUUAUUAAUAACAAAACUCAUAUGACCUGUAACAUGUACAUUUUCUCUUUUUCAGAGCCCGUUCCUGAGACAGCACAAACGACAACAAAAAAAACGUUGGUGCCCGACUGCGUUGAAUGUGUGUACAAUUUGUUUAUUUGUAAAACCUCUUUUAACACAAGCUGAAGAAAAAAACUUAAAUACAGGUGCAUUCAAAUCCUACUGUUUUUCCUUACUGGCAUGUUUCCAUGACUAAACCAGGUACUAGUGCCCCUCCAACUGAGAAUGGCCCACCACAACUGCUGGGGCUCAGCUGGUGGAUGUGGGCUGCAAUUGGAGUUGGCAGCGUAGUUGUGUUUCUCCUGGUGGUCCUGGUUAUUGUUUUGUGCAUGAGGAUCAGAAGAAAGAAGGUGAGUAGAGAUGAUUAUUCAGGGAAUCUCCAUGUGCUGAUUGAAAUUAAAGUGGUCAUUACAUAAUCCCUUCUCUCCUCUGGUGUUGUAUCUUCACUGCCAGCCUCAAGACGACUGGAACUGCAGUUUUUUUCACGAGAGCUUUCCACUUGGUGCACACAUACAGGGAUAAACGGCCUUUAUUCCCACUUCUAACCCGGUUAAUCAUUUAACGGUUACUGCUCACAAUAUUAUAUUAUACAAUUAUAUAUGUUAUAAUCCUUUGGAUGUUCUUACUGUGUUAGCUUUUACUACGCACCCACUAUGUUAAGGGUCGGUUUUGACCCGUGUCUUAAAUCAGCUGUAAAUUACACUAAAAACAAUUCUCUAUCAUCUAAUUUGGUUCUCAUCUCUAGGUUACCUUGUUAGGCUUCAUUAUCCAUGAAAAUAUUGCUUAUAAUAGUUUUUGUAGUGGUCUUCUGGGCCUUUCUUUGUCAGUAUACCCCUCACACAGACAUCUAUACUGAAUUGAUCUCACAUGUCUGGACAUGCCUGAUGUUGUUUUUUGAGCAGGGAAAAACAUGGCAAAAUGAGAAUUUCCUGAAUCUCACAUGAUUGAAGGAAGAUCUGACUGUCAGUGUGGUGUCUGACAGUGCACGUAUGAUUCUAGUUUUUGCUCUAAUUAUUAGAUAUUGAUCUAACCGGGUCAACAGCUACCCUAACAUGACAAGUGCCAAAAUGUUAAUAAGAGCAUUUUUGAAUUUAGUCAAUUUAUUUUAUUUAUUUAUUUAUAUUUUUUUUGUUGAAAUAAUGGUUCCUGACAAAGUCAAAAAAAUGUGAUGCAAAAAAGCUAAUUUAAGUGGUUCUUUAAGCAUUUAAUGUCAAAAACAGGUCAGUGCAGACCCUAACACAGGAGGAGGGAUGAAGAAAUGAAGCAGAGGGGCAACACAUGAAGAAGCUUAAAGGACUUUAAAGGAAUUUAGAAUAGUAACAUAGAGAAUAGAUCACAUUGAAACAUAAAGACAGCUCUUUGCGACGCAGCCCAAAUAGUUUAUUUGAACAUGAAUCUCAUCUUUUAAAAACAUUUGACGAUUUUAGCAGCACCCAUAAAAGAAGGAUGUUGAAAAAACUGUCAGAAACCCGACCCGAGCUCUGAAGACUGAGGGCUUACUUUUACGCUCGUUUGCAGAUCUGAAACUUUCCCUAUAUUUAAUAUGAAUUUCCAACAAUGUAAGAAUAUACAGAAUGUUUGUCUGAAAAUAUGAACUGCUUAAUACCCGCUCUAUGUGCUGAAGUGAGGAAAAAAACUGUGAUUUUCUUUCUGCUCCAGAGAAAAUAUCAGAGGAGGCAGAACGGCCACCAGCCACUGAGUCCCCGGCAGUACUGCCAGUGUAACCGGUAAAUGUUCUUAACUCACUUCUAUCUUGUAAAAUUUUCUUUAUCCGCUCUCCAGUAAUCUCUGCUCACUUUACAGAUGCUGCCUAAUAGCCUGUAUUCACUUUAUAUUAAUGACUGUUUGACCUUCAUUUUUCACUUUGCCUCAUUCAUUAUUGUGUUGUAAUUAGUGUGAAAACUUCCUCUCUUUCCUCUCUUUAUCACAGCCCAACAGCUGCAGCAGCAAAACCGCAGCAAGGACGCCGAAGAGAGAAGCCAUUGGCCCUCCCUCGGCAACCCCUGCUAAUGGAGUCACAUGAAAGCCAGAUGGAAGAAAGGAGAGGGAGACCAGAAAGAAAGAGAAAAGAGUUAGAGAGGGUGUGAGAAAAGAAGGGAAAGAGGCAUAGAUGGAGAUAAAGUGAGAGAAGUGAGUGAAAGAGAACCCCAGUGUGAAUACAGCAUGAAUAUAAAUGAGCUUUUGAAUGUUCUUGAUGAAAAUAAAAAUCAAAUGUAAUGAUGUGGGCACUUUGAGCUUUUUCACCAAAUAUAAUGGGUGAGUUGAAUGCAAAUAAGGCCUUCAACUACAAGAGAGAGCAGCAACAGUCAGGCCUUCUUUUUUUUUUCCUUUUUUUCUUUUUUAAACAUUUAUGCUCUGAAUAAAGAUGUUGUGCCUUUGCUACAAUACAGCAUUGUCAGUUUCUAUUGAACCCUUUUGUUCUGGUGUUUUGCUUCUGAGUUACAUGUAGCUUUUGUUCCUAUGUACUUGACAAUUUUCUACAUUGUGAGGCUAUAAAUAAAAAGUCAAAAUUA